AAGAUAAGUAACUUGUUAUUUUUUGGUCAAAAAUAAUAGAGGCUCUGCCAAGUUAAGAGAUUAAUGUUCUUAUAAAUACAAGCAUUACGUUAGUUUCUGAUCAAACACACCUUAAAGUCUUAAACAUAUUGUUCUGUUUAAAAUAUACUAGUUUCUUUCUCUUUCUCUCUAUCUCGCGAUGGAAGCUCAACACCUUCAUGCUAAGCCUCAAGCUGAAGGAGAAUGGUCCACAGGAUUCUGUGAUUGCUUCUCCGACUGCAAAAAUUGUUGUAUCACAUGUUGGUGUCCAUGUAUUACAUUUGGCCAAGUCGCUGAGAUUGUAGAUCAAGGAUCAACCACGUGCGGUACAGCUGGAGCACUAUACACGUUGAUAAGUUGUUUCACGGGUUGUGGAUGUAUAUACUCGUGUUUCUAUCGUGGAAAGAUGAGAGCUCAAUACAAUAUUGGAGGCAAUGAUUGUGGAGACUGCCUUAAACAUUUCUUCUGCGAGCUCUGUGCUCUCACCCAACAAUACCGUGAACUCAAGAACCGCGGUUUCAAUAUGGAUCUUGGAUGGAGUGGGAACGUACAGAGGCAGCAGAACCAAGGCGUGGCGAUGGGUGCUCCAGUCUUCCAAGGCGGCAUGACCCGCUAAGAUUUAUUCCUUCAUAUGUAAUUCAUCUAAGUCAAUUCAAUAAAACGAGGUUUAAUCGUCUGCGUGCGUUUGUCUAAUAUGUUUGUUAUUAAGUGCUUUUGUAAAAAAGUGUUUGUUAAGAAAAUGGUUGUAUCUAUUUGUACUUUUGUACAAUAUUCGGUCUACUGAUAUACUAGUUGGAGUAGUCAACUUUAAUGCCACUAUAUAUACGUCUUUGACUUGAUUUGGUCGAGAUUGUAAA